AUGGCUCGAGAUCGGUACCUGACCAUCUCCUGGAACAUUCAUAUAAGUGACCCGGAGCAGGAUGCCAAGAAUGACCAAACAAAAGGAACCCCUCAGCAUGAUAAACUGUUCCGACUGAAGCCACUUCUGGACACCAUCCUGAUAGCAUGUAAAACGCACUUCCACCCAAGACAGCACAUUGCCAUAGAUGAAAGAAUGGUGGCAACAAAGGCUCACACAGGAAUGACGCAGUAUAUGAAGGCCAAGCCGACAAAGUGGGGAUUCAAACUUUUUGUCUUGGCAGACAGCAGCAAUGGCUAUACAGUGGACUUUGCUAUUUACACAGGGAAGUCCCAGUUUUCCUCCGGUGUGGGACUAGCAUACGAUGCUGUCCUUUCCCUUGUAAAUCCCUCAUUCCUGGGCGGUGGUUACGAGUUGUAUGUGGAUAAUUUCUACACCAGCCCAAAACUGUUCAUGGACUUGUUUAGCAUGAACAUCGGUGCUUGUGGCACAUACAGGGAUAACAGGAGAGGAUGUCCCCACAUCGAAAACAACUCGAUGAAAAAAAAAGACGAAAGGGGCACAAUACGGUGGAUCAGGGAGGGCCCACUAGUGUUUGUGAAGUGGAUGGAUUCGCGUGAAGUUUCCAUCUGCUCCACCAUCCAUCCGGCUUACGAAGGUGCAACAGCAAGACGGCGCUUCAAAGGUAAUGACGGCAAAUGGGUCACCCGGGACGUUCCAUGCCCUCAGCCUAUUGUGGAGUACAACAAGCACAUGGGAUGA